UUUAUUUCGCUUUAUUUUACUUUUGACAACUGAUCCAAAUUGCUUCGAUUGGAUUCAGUUCAGGAGGAUAUGGAGAAAGACAUACACACCGGAUAUGUUCUUGAGCGGGUAUGUUUUUCCUACAUCAGUUAAGCUAUAGAAAGGAGUACAAUCCAUAAUACAAUAAUGUCCCUUCAUUUCUGGAUAUUUGACCCAUUUCAUCUCAAGUAGAUUUCGCCUUUGUCAAAGGUAAAUGUUAUCUCAGCAGGAGUUCCGCCUCUUUGACUAGGCGAUAAUUCGUUUCAGAUUCAUAUGAAACGUCGAUUCAUCGAGAAAGAUACAAUUUAUCGUGAAGCGGCCAGUCACAAUAAUACGAUACCCGCCAAGUGGUUCUAUUCUUUUUCUCAAAGAGCUUUUAGGGUCUUCAUAAUAACGUCCCACCCAUUUCGGCGGCACGAACACGAACACUCAAUUGUUUUGCAGCAGCCGAUGCAGUAAAGCUUUUACUAAAAAACAAUGAGAAAAAAAAAUCCUCAUCAGAGAAAUAUA